AUGCCCCUCGGGAGAGGCAGGAGCCGGGUGAGCGCCCUAGAGCGCGGCGAGGUGGAAGGGGCCCCCGCGGAAGCGGCGUCCGGGCCCACGGCGCGGCCCCAGACCGAGCGGAUUCUGCUCCGGGGCAUCUUUGAGAUCGGAAGGGGCAGCUGCGACGUGGUGCUGAGCGAGCGCGCCCUGAGCUGGCGCCCCAUUCUGCCCGAGCGCCCCGCAGGUGAUUCCAAAUGUGAGUUGAAGUGCAAAGAAGAAUUUAUUGAACUGAAGGACAUAUUCUCUGUAAAGCUGAAACGACGUUGUUUUGUUAAGCAGCAGGGAAAUGGUACUUUAUUAGGUAUCACACUUUUCAUCUGCUUGAAAAAGGAGCAAAAUAAAUUGAAGGAUUCUACACUUGAUCUUAUCAAUUUAAGUGAAGACCACUGUGACAUAUGGUUUAGACAGCUGGAAAAAAUUCUGGCAGGUUUUCCAAACAGGCCCAAGUCACUGAAAAUAUUCCUCAACCCCCAGAGUCACAAAAAAGAAGCUGUCCACAUCUAUCAUGAGAAGGUUGAACCUCUGCUGAAGCUCGCAGGAGUGAGCACGGAUGUAACCAUCACAGAAUAUGAAGGGCAUGCUGUUUCGCUGCUUAAGGAAUGUGAACUCCAGGGAUUUGAUGGUGUUGUCUGUGUUGGAGGCGAUGGAUCUGCUAGUGAAGUGGCCCAUGCUUUACUUCUGAGAGCCCAGAAGAGUGCUGGGGUGGAGGCAGACCAUGUCCUGUGUCCAGUCAGAGCGCAGCUUCCCCUUGGCUUAAUACCAGCAGGAUCAACUAAUGUUCUCGCUCAUUCUCUUUAUGGGAUCCCUCAUGUGGUAACAGCAACUUUGCACAUUAUCAUGGGACACCUGCAGCCAGUUGAUGUCUGCACGUUUAGCACCUGUGGCAAACUUCUUCGCUUUGGCUUCUCCGCCAUGUUUGGCUUUGGUGGAAGAACUCUGGCUCUAGCAGAAAAGUAUCGCUGGAUGUCUCCUAACCAAAGGAGAGAUUUUGCUGUGAUUAAGGCCCUGACAACACUUAAGCCAGAGGAUUGUACAAUAUCAUUUUUACCACUUAACAACUCUCAGGAUGAACUCCAGAGACAAGGCUCUCCCAAGUCUGGCUGCAGUGACCACUGGCAAACGCUACAGGGUCAGUUCCUGAAUGUCAGCAUCAUGGCAAUCCCUUGUCUGUGUUCUGUGGCACCUAGAGGUUUGGCACCUAACACUAGAUUAAAUAAUGGAAGCAUGGCUCUUAUAAUUGCACGAAACACUACUCGGCCAGAAUUUAUAAAACACCUGAAACGAUAUGCCAGUGUAAAAAAUCAGUUCAGUUUUCCAUUUGUGGAGACAUAUACUGUUGAAGAAGUAAAGGUUUGUCCAAAGACUAAAACCAGUGGAUACAGUGAAUCAGAAGAAGUUGGACCUCAUGAAUCUGCUUCAGAAACCAGUCUCCCUUGGAACAUAGAUGGUGAUUUAAUGGAAGUUGCAUCAGAAGUUCAUGUGAGAUUACACCCAGGGCUUAUCAGUCUUUAUGGAGGAAGCCUAGAAGAAAUGAAUGAUUGCAACGUAACAUGUAAUUGCUUAUAAAAAGAACUAACUAGAAUUUUAAUAUACAGGAAUUUGGCUACACUUUAAAGACAUAUCCAAAUAGAAAAUGUAUUUUUAAAAGAAAUCACUAUUUUGACAUUCCUAAAAAAAGUAGUUCAAGGGCUUUAUAAAUCAAGAUGAAAAUAUAGCUGCAUCAAAACCAAUCUGAAUUCUAGUUUUAGAAGUUGUUUAUUGAAAUUGAAAUAAAAUGUUUCAUAUAUUUAGGCAUCAGCAUGAUAUAUCAAAAUUUGACCAAAUUAAUUCCAAAGUAGUUUCUUUUGGUUUUCAAGAUUUGAGUCUAUCACAUCUGAUGUUCCAUUCCCGUUAGCCAAGUUACAAACAGAACACAGAGAUCGGACAAGAUUGCCCUAGAUUUUACUAACGGCAUAACCAAUUCAUAGGGGUUAAAUUUAAGUAUCACACAAACUAGUUAGUGAUAUUACCAGAAACAACAAAAUUCCCUCCUCCAAACUCCCCAGUUCUAACUGAUUCACCAAAAACAAAACAAAACAAAAACAAAAAACGAAGACAGGCACCAGUG